AUGGUAAUGAACGGAGCUGUUGGAGUCGUAGACGAUGAAGUUGCCAGUGGUUUGAGUUAUGGAGGUGCUGCUAUGAAAAACAAACAGUCCAAAACUGAUAAAGGUUCUCCAUCUGCAGAACCAUCCCUUCCACCUGAAAGUAGGCGAUCAUCACCAAGGAACAAGAAGUUUGCGAUAAAGAUGAAAAACAAGCAGAACACUCAACAGUCCCCAACUGAAAGUGCUUCACUCACUUCAAAGCUGCAACCCCCAACUCAAACCAAGUCCCCGACUCCAUCUCUUUCACCUGGAAGUAGGCGAUCAUCACAAAGGAACAAGAAGUUAGAACCAAGUGCUGCUGUUUCUUCUCUAACUAAAUGUGCAACAACUCCAAAGCGUCGUCUACAACCUGAAAGUGCUGAAAUGUCAUCACCAACUACAAAGAGACAGGCUACUAGGAAGAAGAAAGUGCAAUCUGAAAGUGCUCAACAUUCACAGACCACAACUACAAAGUCCCAAUUAAAAAGCUCUGAAGGAGAUACUGAAAAAUCUGGAGUGGGGCGAAAGAAUGUAAAGCGAAAACUUGACACAAGCAGCACAGGCCCAUGUCUGAAUGUUCAACUUAGGGAUCCACACGACACUCUCGCAGAUUUUCAAGAUGAAGAAGAAGAGGAAGAGGAGGAAGCUGUGGAAGAGGAUAACUCUGAUCAUGUGGAGCCUGAUGUGGAAGAAGAGAAUGAUAAUGGUAAUGGUGAUGAGCCUGAAUUGGAAGAAUAA